GCGACAGCUUCACGUUCCAAAGUCGACUGUAACACACGCAAAGGUGUGGGGCACACAACAAGAAAGCUAGCGGAAGGAUAAGACCGGGGUAAACAAUAGAAUAUGCACGGAGAAGUGGACAGAAUAGAGGAGCCUUAUGUAGAACGGCGCGAAUGAGGCGCACAAGAGCUGCAGUGAAGAGGGAAGAACACACUGACAGGGGCGCGCUAUCCGAGCCCGAAUGGACUUCCUCUUGUUUAACCUGAUGGCAUCUAUGAUUCUGGGAAUCUCAGGUACUGCGCCACUGACUCCACUCUUUGCUGGUACUAUAAAAUGUCUGCCUCUGUGUCUUCCAUGGCACCCAGCCUGUUUGGCUCCCUCGUCCAGGUCAGUUUCAUGUUCAAACUCAGGACAAGGUGCUGACGGCAGCAGUAGGAUCUGAUGUUGAAUUGCCCUGUACUCUUUCCCCUCCUUCCAAUGCUGUCGGACUGUAGGUGCGCUGGUUUCACACAGUGUUUCACUCAGUUGUGUAUCUGCUGAAAGAUGGACGGGAGGACAGAGAACAACAAAAAUCUGAGUAUCGUGACAGAGCUUUUUUGAAAUCUGGGCCCCAGACAGGCAACCUGGCACUUUCACUGCUCAAAGUCCGCAUUUCAGAUGCUGGCACCUACCACUGCUUUGUAGAGAACAGAACUAUUGGAACUAUUGAAGAAGCCCUUAUUGAACUUCGUGUCAUUGGUCUCGGCUCUCCACCACUUGUUAAAGUCUCUCUUCAAGGUAGCUUAGUUCAGCUCUCCUGCUUCUCCUCAAAUUGGUAUCCAGCUCCUGAAAUGACCUGGAGAAGAGCUGACGGUGCCAUUGUUAGUGCAGAAGCAAAAACAGAGAAGAAUCCAAAUGACGGACUAAUCAGUUUAACAAACGAUAUUAUUCUAAAAGAAUUCACUGUAGAAAACUUCUUCUGUGAAGUGAUCCAUUCUGCCACUGGAAAAGAGAAUCCAUGUUUCCACGUGUUUCUAAAUGGGUUGCAGCCUUCAUCGUGCUCCUGAUAUGUUUUCUUACUAUAGCAGCUUUGGCUGCUUGGAGGUUCUAUAUUUAUCGCAAUAAAAAAGCUCCUCAGAAACAAGAAAUUGAAUGGAGAAAAGUUUCUGUUUAUAAAGAAUCAGUUCUUUUUGACCCUUUUAUGGCUUCUUCUCAUCUGACCUUCUCUCCGGACUACUGUCUAACACAAGCAAUGGAAAAUCCUCCAAGCAUUAAAGAUGGCUAUGUGCUUGCACAGCCGUGCUUUGAUAGUGGCAGACAUUACUGGGAGACAGAAGUGCACAAAGGAAGCGAUGGAGUGGGGUGCUUAAUUGGAGUGGCAGUACUCCCCAGAGAGUCCAAGGACAUACAGAUACUGUCGGCUAUUGGUUUUGGACAGACAGAAUCAUAUUUCAACAUUCAAUGUGAGAGGGCAAUGCUAGUAGGUAUUUUUAUAGACAUUGAGGAGGCCACUGUAUCAUAUUAUAACGUAAACACAUUUCAGCGGCUGCACUACGACAAACUUAUUAACACCAAAGAUGUAUCUCCCUUUUACUGUGUAGCAAAGGGGGUUACUUUUAAACUGAAUCCUGAUCCUUGUAGAAAAUAUACAGAUGCCCCAUAGACCAAAGUGAUUCCAUGGAUCUUGUGAUUUGAAAUCAUACAAUGUCAUGACUAAAUUUGCUGCAAUUGUGUCAUGCAGCAGAACGCAUCAACACUGGAAAUCUUUGAGGUCUUUGGGAAACCUUAUUCAUGAAUAUACAGGUAUUUAUCAAACCCUUCACUGACACUUGGCUCUCUGACUGUCCUAACUAUCUUUUCCUAAAUUAAUCAACAUCAUCUCAAAUUAAAACUUGUCUCUGCUUCCCCUUUACUAUUACUAUGGAUGACCUUCUCUAACCCUACUAAUACAGCAUGCUGCCUGGGAGUAGUAGAUUUUUUCUCCUUCUCUAAUCACACCUAUCCCACCUGGACUAACUGCUUCAGUCUUUAUCAAACUGCCACAUGAAUCCUCCUUCUCAACAAGAGUACAAUGAAUAGGGCUUAGAAUGAAGAUACUUUUUGCCACAAAAUAAUCACAAUCAAAUCACAAAAUAAUGCAUUUUUAUUAUUUCUUGAGCUAUUGCAGUUUGGUCCUUGCAAGGUAGAUGAUUAAAUUACCAGUUUACAGAUAAGCCUCCCACAAUAUGGACUUUUUAUCUGUAAGACAAAACAGUCACAACAAAGGAGUAAAAGGGCAUACUUAAAAUGUAAUUCAUGUUGUAAUAUUGUAUUGUUUUCUGUCUGUUCUGUGUAUGUAUACAAUGCUGUGUAUACAAAUUCUGAUGUAAAUAAAAAAAUGCAAACAUA